CGGAUAAAAAGGGAACGCGGCUUCUGUGAAAACAAGUUUCCUCCCAGGUGUGAGGGGGGUGCAGAACAGGGAGAGAGACUCUCCUGUUAGCUCGCACCCGCACCGGCUAGGGCUGCUUAUUAACCUGUGGGCAAGUCUUAUUUUCCUUUGUAGGCGCAUGUUAAUGAGGGCACAACCCUACAAAGCAAAACUGGCGUCCAGAGUUCUUAGGCAGGAUCUUUUUACACGCCCCCGCCAACCCCAUGACCCCACCCGGUGAUUUUUUUUUUCAGGUCUUUAGAGUACGGAGGCGGUUCCAGGCGACCCUCAAAUUUUUCUAUUAAAGACAUUUGUUUGCCCAAAACGCAGGUUUCGCUAGCUUGCGGGGCUACGAGGACUAGUCCCAGACAACCGCAGCCUCAGCUCACUGGAGGACCAGCGGGAAUGUUCUGCCCUCUGAUCCCACGAAGCUUCUGGUUUUCUGGGCUCUGCGGGGCCCCAUGGUCGACGCCAACCAAGUCCUCGGCACUCUGAGCAAGGGCUUGGAGAGGCAUGGGGCCACACCAGUCGAACCAGCCCCUUGGACAACGUUGGUCGCGAACUAGGCUCUCAUUUACUCCAGACUCUGGAUGGCUUCAUCUUCGUGGUGGCCCCAGAUGGGAAGAUCAUGUACAUUUCAGAGACAGCUUCAGUUCACCUGGGCCUUUCUCAGGUAGAGCUGACUGGGAACAGCAUCUAUGAAUACAUCCAUCCAGCUGACCAUGAUGAGAUGACAGCAGUGCUCACAGCCCAUCAACCCUACCACUCUCACUUUGUACAGGAGUACGAGAUUGAACGUUCCUUCUUUCUGAGGAUGAAGUGUGUUUUGGCCAAGCGGAACGCUGGCCUCACCUGCGGUGGCUACAAGGUUAUUCACUGCAGCGGCUACCUGAAGAUACGACAGUACAGCCUGGAUAUGUCGCCCUUCGAUGGGUGCUACCAGAAUGUGGGUUUGGUAGCUGUGGGUCACUCCUUGCCUCCGAGUGCUGUUACAGAGAUCAAACUACAUAGCAACAUGUUCAUGUUCCGAGCCAGUCUGGACAUGAAGCUUAUUUUCCUGGACUCCAGGGUGGCAGAGCUGACUGGGUAUGAACCUCAGGACUUGAUUGAGAAGACUCUGUACCAUCACGUGCAUGGCUGCGACACCUUCCACCUACGCUGCGCGCACCACUUACUGUUGGUGAAAGGGCAAGUGACCACCAAGUACUACAGGUUCUUGGCGAAGCACGGCGGCUGGGUCUGGGUGCAGAGUUACGCCACCAUCGUUCACAACAGCCGCUCCUCCAGGCCUCACUGCAUCGUCAGUGUCAACUAUGUCCUCACGAUCAGCCCUGGUGCCUCCUUCCUGAGAGAUAGAGGCCUUCUGUUCAUUGAUCUCCACAAACCCUGUAGAACUGAGCCCCACAGCAGAGAUACUCAAGACACAGAAUACAAAGGGCUCCAGCUAUCCCUGGACCAGAUAUCAGCCUCUAAGCCCACCUUUUCCUAUGUCAGCAGCUCCACACCCACCAUCACUGACAGCAGGAAGGGGGCCAAGUCUCGGCUCUCAAGUAACAAAUCAAAAUCCAGGACCUCUCCAUACCCCCAAUAUUCGGGAUUCCACACUGAAAGAUCAGAAUCUGACCAUGACAGCCAGUGGGGUGGAAGUCCCCUGACAGAUACUGCCUCCCCACAGCUCCUGGAUCCAGAGAGGCCUGGCUCUCAGCACGAAGUGUCCUGUGCUUACAGGCAGUUCUCAGAUCGCAGUUCCCUCUGCUAUGGCUUUGCUCUGGACCACAGGCUGGUAGAGGACAGGCACUUCCACACCCAAGCCUGUGAAGGAGGCCGCUGCGAGGCAGGCAGGUACUUCUUGGGAGCACCACCGGCAGGGAGAGAUCCCUGGUGGGGCUCUCGAGCAGCCUUGCCACUUACAAAGGCCUCCCCGGAGAGCAGAGAAGCCUAUGAAAACAGCAUGCCUCAUAUCACCUCUGUCCACAGAAUCCAUGGUCGAGGUCACUGGGACGAAGACAGUGUGGUCAGCUCCCCAGACCCUGGAUCAGCCAGUGAAUCAGGUGACCGAUUCCGCACCGAACAGUAUCAAAAUAGCCCACACGAACCUAGCAAAAUUGAAACUCUCAUAAGAGCCACCCAGCAGAUGAUUAAAGAGGAAGAGAACAGAUUACAGCUAAGGAAAGCCCCUCCAGAUCAACUGGCUUCUAUUAAUGGAGCUGGAAAAAAACACUCCCUCUGUUUUGCAAACUAUCAACAGGCCCCACCAGCAGGUGAAGUCUGCCACAGCUCUGCUCUUGCCAGCACUUCACCAUGUGACCAUGUCCAGCAGAGAGAGGGAAAGAUGCUCAGCCCUCAUGAAAAUGACUAUGACAACAGCCCCACUGCACUGUCUCGGAUAAGUAGUCCCAGUUCUGAUCGCAUUGCAAAGUCUAGUUUAAUCUUGGCUAAAGACUACCUACAUUCAGAUAUGUCUCCUCAUCAGACAGCAGGAGACCAUCCUGCCAUCUCUCCAAACUGCUUUGGCUCCCACAGGCAGUAUUUUGAUAAGCAUGCCUAUACAUUAACUGGAUAUGCCCUGGAGCAUUUAUAUGACAGUGAGACUAUUAGAAACUAUUCCUUAGGCUGUAAUGGCUCACAUUUUGAUGUAACUUCCCAUUUAAGGAUGCAGCCAGACCCAGCACAAGGACACAAGGGAACGUCUGUUAUAAUAACCAAUGGAAGUUGAUGUUUUUCUAAAAUAUUUUGUUCUUCAAGGGUCUCUGAAACAUAUUUAUAGUUUAAUACCCCAUUAGCAGUGCUUAUCAUGCCACAGAUUGUUAGAAAGUUUAAAUUCAAAUUUCUGGCUAUUUG